ACAGGGACAAAAGGUGCCCGCAUUCGAACUUUUAGUCAUCCGGUCACAAGUCAGUAUAACUCAAUUAUCUAUAUCCCCAUCAGCAUGUCCGAGACCUUGUCAGCCAAAGAAGACCAUGUCGAUGUUCUUAUUGUGGGGGCCGGACCCGCGGGGCUCAUGCUGGCAAAUUGGUUGAGCCGGUUCGACAUCAAGACUAGAAUUGUGGACAAGCGUGGCACCAAGAUCUUCAAUGGUCAGGCGGAUGGCCUACAAUGCCGCACCCUGGAGAUUUUCGACUCGUUUGAUUUUGCCCACCGGGUUUGGCGAGAAUCUAACCACAUGCUGGAGAUUUGCUUCUGGAACCCCGACAAGGAUGGCAUUCUGCAACGUUCGGACCGGAUUCCGGAUACCAUCCCCGGGAUCAGUCGCUUUCAGCAGGUAGUGCUACAUCAGGGUCGCAUUGAGCGGUUCUUCCUCGAUUCAAUCAAAGAGCAUAGCGAUAUCACGGUCGAGCGUGGCGUGCUGCCUACUAUGUUCGAGUUUGAUGAAUCUAAAGCUGCGGAUUUCGAGGAUUACCCGAUAACAGUCACAUUGCGCACUUUGUCUGAGGAAGAGGCUACUCCUGCUCAGCGACAACAGCACCACCGGAGAGCUGAUGGCACACAGUUAGCCAUCAAUGACGGGCUUUUUCGAAGUAACCUAGCUGCCGACGACACGGAUGAUCUCAUUCGUACGGCGAAAGCGAAUAGCAACACCAACUCCGUCGAGACGGUGAAGGCGAAAUUCAUGGUUGGUUGCGACGGUGCGCAUUCCUGGGUGCGGCGCCAGCUUGGCUUCAAGCUCGAGGGAGACUCCACGGACUAUAUCUGGGGCGUACUCGACAUUGUACCCAUCACGGAUUUCCCGGAUAUCCGCUAUCGGUGUGCCAUUCACUCGGCCAAUGCGGGUAGCGUUAUGGUCAUCCCACGGGAAAAUAAGCUUGUUCGAUUGUACAUCCAGUUGCAGGCGACCGAGAAUGCGCAGAAUGGAGGUAAGGCUGACCGAUCGUGGAUCACUCCAGAUGUUAUCCUGCAAUCUGCGCAACAAAUUAUGCAUCCAUACAAGAUCGACUAUACGUACUGCGACUGGUGGACAGCAUACCAGAUCGGGCAGCGUGUGGGUGACCACUUUUCUCUACGCGAGCGUGUCUUUCUGGCUGGUGAUGCGGUGCACACGCAUUCGCCCAAGGCGGGGCAGGGUAUGAAUGUAAGCAUGCAGGACACUUAUAAUCUCGGAUGGAAGAUCGCGCAUGUAGUCAAAGGGUACAGUGAGGGAUCGAUUCUAAAGACAUAUCAGUCAGAGAGAAGACGGGUUGCGCAAGACCUGAUUGAUUUUGACCACCGGCUAUCAAGACUAUUUUCGGGUCGACCAGCAAAGGACGUCGCAGACGAAGGUGUCAGUAUGGAAGAGUUCAAGAACGCAAUGGAGAAGGGGAAUGAAUUUGCCAGUGGGAUUGUGGUCAAUUAUGGUACUAGCGUAAUCGUGGCAAAAGAAGGCGACUCUGCUGAGCAGGGAGAUGGUACUGAAGUUGCUGCCAAUCUCCAACGUAGAGUGGUCAGCAAGAGUCAUCUGGCCACAAAGAUCGACAUUGGCAAGCGGAUGCCAAGUUUCAAGGUACUUAAUCAAUCUGACGCCCGUCCAUGGCAUCUGCAGGAGCGCUUAAAAAGCAACGGGCGAUGGCGGAUUAUCGUGUUCCCGGGUCAACUUACGAUGCCCCAAAAUAUGCAACGCAUGCAAAGGCUUGGUGACAAGCUAGGCAGUCUGGACUCAUUCAUUCGCCAAUACACUCCAUCUGGUCAGCCGAUUGAUAGCUUUAUCGAAGUUCUCACAGUCCAUGCUGGCCCGCGGAGAGGAGUGGAGCUUCUCGAUCUGCCGGAGGCUUUCCAUCCAUAUAAUGAGCAGAUGGGCUGGGACUAUUGGAAAGUCUUCGUCGAUGAUCAAUCUUAUCAUGAGGGACAUGGACAAGCCUAUCUCAAUUACGGUAUCGACCCUAGCCGCGGUGCCGCUGUUAUUGUCCGGCCGGAUCAAUACGUGAGCUGGGUUGGCGAAGUGGAUGAUUAUGACGAUAUGGCAAGAUUUUUCUCCGGGUUUAUGAGGUUGCAAGCCCCCUUGAAGCCCAAGACUAGAGUGGCCCAAUAA